AUGAACUUUUUAGUGGUUCUAAUUUGUAUCUUUAACGUCUACUGCAGGGUAUUCACAACACUGUCAGAUACAGGUGAACGAAUGUACCUCUCAGAGAUGCUGCCUGGGGGUUUGAAUCCUGAUGACAUUUUUGCGGAGGAGUACGCUCACCUUUCCCACCGUCCAGCUGAACUAGACAUCACCCACCUACUUCCCUCCUGGAGUCUUCGUCUCCGCUCAUUUCCCCCGGCUACUGAUUACUCAACUACACUUCCCACAGCACCAGCUACCAUUUUUAGAAAUGAACGCUCUGUUCAUCCGUUUCUGAUUGGACUACAUGAAGGUCGAGUGAGGAUCGAGUUGGUCGGUGCUCCCAAGGAUUUGCAGCCGUUGGCAUUCAGAGAUGUUUCAAUCCUGGGUUCGGGAAAGAAUGACUUUGUUCGAUUAAAAGCUGAAUGUGUUAGUUGGAUGAUAACUUUAUCUGGACAACUGGAACCUCACCCCUCAGUUGAUGCCUUGCUUCGUUCUUCGACCGACCUCUACGGAGCUGUGGAAGGUGAUGAGGCAGCUCGUCAGCCCUUGCUGCCCAAUGAAAAGAAGAUGGUCGCCGACUUCGUUGCACACCCUCAUCCCCGAGUACUUGAACUUGUCGUACGUGGACGUGACCCCACUGACGUCCACGUAGUCACUGCAACACUGAAUUCUGAUGCCCUCCAAAACGUCUCAUCGGCCUCUCAAAGCGUCUCCUGCCCUCUUGGGAAAAUUGCUUUAUCACUUGUUCUUGAGGAUGGCUCGGAGAUUGGCCUUCACCAACUUCCCAAGGGACAGGUGCGUGUGAGUGCUCUUCUUCGAAGUAGCAAAAAGAUAGCUGUCUGGGAUCCUGCAGUCGCUCUCCACAUCGCUCCCGUCACAGAGGAAGGUAAAGCCCUGGUUGCAGCAGGAAAGUUAGGUCAUGGUCCCAUGAUCGACAUGAAGAGUAUCGCUCUCUGGACUGGACAACCACAGUGUGCUCCCAAGGCGUCUGUUUUCCUUACAAACGGUCGUCCUUUGGUUUCUAUCUCCGCGGGUCAGCAACAAGACCCAGGGCCUCCUGGUCAAAAAUAUGACUGGGAACAGGAAGCCAUUGAAAAGUUUCGAAGAGAUACUGGACCAAUGGUGGGAGGUUCUUUCGACUACAGCCGGAGUCAUUUUCUAGUGCCCCGAGACUCUCUUUCCCCGGGUUCUCCAACCUCCACUCCCUCAUCGUCUUCGAGUUUUCUUUCCUCUCCGAUGAAAUACGCCUUGUUCGGUGUCAUUAUAUUCAGCGUAGUCUUCCUAACUGCCGGCUGUCUUGCUCUAAUCAUCAUUCGCCACCGGAAGGUGGUUCGACGGAGAAAAGCACGCAUUGAAGACGACCCAAACAAUCCUCUUAACACUGGAGGUGGGAAAAAUACCGACCCAGCCAGCGGGGUCUACCCGGUGUCUCCUCAAAUGUCUUCCACAACGGCCGCCGCUAUGAUGAACCCUGGGUUAAGUUGCAGCAGCGUAUUUUCCGGUGGAAGUGGAGGUGCAGGCGCACCAGCUCAAACUGCAGACGUGAUCAACCAGUGGACUGGGAGACAGCAACAGUCCAUGGCCUUGCCACAGCAAUGCAGCGCCUGCAGCAACUCUGUCGGAACAAGAAGCCCACAAUCCGAUCCCGCUCAUGCAAAUUUGAGGACGGGUGGACUGGUCGAUAUGCGAUAUCAGGUCACCACCCCGUCGUUAAGACUCAAUACUGCCUUUGGCGGUUUUAUGCAUCCUUCAAGUCCCAACUUCAACUCUAAAUGGCAAACGCCUGAAAGUUUAGGUAGUGCUCCAAGUAGUCGAAACACCGGUUCUCCAAGUACAAAUGACGAAGGAUUCGCUUCAGGACCCCUAGAUCUGCCUCCUUUGGGUCACCUCUACUACAACACCUCUACGAGAGCGGAUAAUGGGGGCUGGGGCGGUGCAGGGGGGAGCACGCAGCAACCCCCGUGUUCCUGUCAAACCGGGUCGCCCCACACCAGUCACCACUCCUCUGACCUCGGGAGGGGUAGCGCUUGUGGAAAUGCCUAUUACCUUCCCGGUGGUCUGAUGGGGAGCAGCAUGGCCGCUGAAAGUGGGCGGUUGUUCACCGGAUCGUCACUUACUUCUGCAGCUGCUCCGGACGCGAUCCCACCUCGGUUAACACUAGCUCAUGACCCGGAGAGCAUAGGGACUGGAAAGUACAAUUCGAAGCAUACACAGUUCCCACCGACUCUUCUGUUGCCUGCAGAGUUGCUUAAGAUGAAGACCUCACAGACCACAGGCACUGGUUUUAUUGGUGACACAAUGGACGAGAAGCUGAUGAUGGAUUCUGGUCGCGAGUCCCAGGAUAAAGCGAGCUCCAGUGGGGCCAGUUCGGGGAUGAACAAGGACCUCUCCUCAAUGUCAGGCAUCGAAAUCGCCCAAGUGGACGUUUGA